AUGAACUCAGAGUUUCGCCCAUGUGGACCACCAGAACGACAACAGAAUACUUUACUCUACCCUACACAUAAAGGAGGUAGAAGUUCAGGAACGCCCAAAGCACUCUCUGAUGUGCCAGAUAACUUAGAAGAGCCAAAUGGUCAAACUCGAUGGUAUUCUCACAACACAGAAGUUCGUUUCAAUUGCAUAAGAGGGAUCUAUGGGGAGAAAACUACGUGGAAAAUCGUUUGCGAAGAUGGCAAUUGGGUUGGUGGUGCAUACAAAUGUGAAAAUGAGCCGGAGCCUCCCCCAGACGAGGAUCGCCGUAACAAAUCAUGUGUCUUCCUUAAUACGGAACCAAACCUUGUUGCCUUCUUGGGUGAUGAACUGAUUGAGGAUGAAGAGACUGAACAUCCUCCCCAUACAGAGCUUGUUUUUCGUUGCAAGGACAUUGGAAAGUACAGCUUGAUAGGCAGUGUCAGAAGAAGAUGUAUCCAUGGAGAUUGGGAUGGUGUCAAACCCUCCUGUUAUGGACUCUCUCAAGAGAAUGAUUAUGCUUUGGAAAAGCCGCCAACUAUUCUGUUUAGACAUCAACUCGGUCCUAUAGCUCAAAGCAAUGAAGGGAAACUUAUUGUCUAUCCUGGAACUAUUCUUCACCUGGAAUGUUUAUGGAUCAGAAAGUAUGGUAUUCCACACUGGCAAGUUAGUCACUCUUACAGGAAAUAUCCAGAAGGGUGGACGAACGAGGCAGGGCGUGAUCCUCAACUGGAGUACCGACUGUCCAUUUAUCAUGCCCAGAAGGACGAUUCGGGACGCUUUACUUGCAUAACUCCCAUGGGCCAUAGACACUCAGUGGAUAUCGUAGUAGCUGCCGUGCAUUGCCCUGAAUUUCCUCAAACUCCUGGUCUCCAUGUGAGCAAUCCAAGUACACAGCUGGACACCAAAGUCGUUUUUUCAUGUCGAGAUGGACAAACACUGAUAGGAAUGGAUCAAGCAACUUGCUUGCCCUCUGGUAACUGGUCAGCGGAUGAACCAAUUUGUCAAGUCACAGGUUGUCCAGAUUUAACAAACGUAACUAAGGAAAAUCUUACAAUAAAUGUAACUGGAAAUACAAUCGGAUCAAGAGCAAAGUUUUCAUGUCCAGUUGGCUAUGGUCUUAGAGGGAAUGACACAAUUCAAUGUCUGGAUACUGGACAGUGGUCUUCAAGUGUGCCAUUUUGCAAAGAGGUAAUCUGUGAUCCUCCGGAAAAUCCGAAGAAUGGUUACCUACAAAGUAGUAAUAAAGACAAAUACAGAGGAGGAGAUGUUUUGAACUUUGCUUGCGAAACCAACUACAUGAUGGAUGGUACAGGCAUCAUGGUAUGUCAAGAAAAUGGUAGAUGGUCGUCAUCUGUACCAAAAUGUGUUGCGGCUUGUCAGUAUCCAGGAAUCACACCUGAUGCCACUAUCUCGCAGAAUGUUCAAUUCUUCUAUCGCAUCAACGAUACUGUAACUUACGACUGUAAGGAUGGUUUCGAACUUAGAGGGGCCAAAAUGCUUCGAUGUCUGGAAGAUGGCAGAUGGUCAAGUACAACGCCCACUUGCCAUUCCACGAGGAAAGGCUAA